AUGGGCCAAAGGAGACAGGCCAAGUUUCAGUAUGGCAAAUCAAAGACUUCAAGAACUAGCCCAGUUAAAUUUGAGAAAGAAACAAUUGUUGAUAGUGAUGAGAUUUUUGAUGCAGUCGGGCAAUCAAAAUUUGUUCUAGAGAACCUUCACCAUUACACAGUCCAUCCAAAUUUGGCCCAGUACUAUGAGCCUUUGAAGCCCACUGCACUGCAUAAAUUCCUGGCUCGAAACAGGAAAAUUCAAAGCUUCACAUUGAAAGUAACAGAGUAUGAUCAGGAUAAGACCUUACUGAUUAUGACCAACAACCCACUUCCCUGCCCAAUCGACCUUCAAGGAAAGGACAUGACAUCAAAAUACUUUUCCAGUGAGUUACUGCUCAAGGAAAGUCAUCAGCACAAGCCCACUGAGAACUUCUUCCUACCUCUGAUGUCUCAGAAAAAAAAGUUAAGAUCUGGGCUGAAACCAGUCUUCCCUGUGACACUGUUGGAGGACCCUAAAUCCAAGAGAGAACAAUGGUUUAGGUUUUCCACGGACAAGGAUUUCAAGAGUGAAGGGAAGUAUUCAAAGGUCUAUGCUUUGAGAAAACAGAAAAAAAUGUACCCUCAGCUCAACUUUGCUCCAGUCUGUAAAAGAGAUCUGAGGAGUGACGUCUCCAAGAAGUCAGGGAACGACCUGCCAACUUCCCAGAUGAUUUGGGAACCAUUAACCCUUUCAUCACUCCUGGAAGAGAAGCCCACCAGAACCGCGCCAGGAGAGAGCGCGUUCCGCAACGGAAGGGCCCAGCAGUGGAUUAUAAAAAACGAUGAAAGCAAACCCUACAUGCCCCUCGCCUCAUCUCCAGAGACUGAGGGGCCUGGAGAAGUCGCCAUUUAG